CUGUUUCUUUCUGUUUACUUCUCGCGGUGAGCUUGCUACUUUUACAGAAAACUAUACAGGAAAUUAAAUGGCGGACGUUGAAACAAUUAGAAAUGUUAAAAGAAUUAAAGAAAAAACAGACAUUGGAAAAAAACGAGGAAUUGAGACUUCAGAAAUCGAAAAAUUAACUGACGACUGUCUAAUCGAAAUUUUUCAGCAUUUGCCGACAAUAGCUGAAAAAAUCCGUAUAGAAAGAGUUUGUAAAAGGUGGCAAAAUUUGAGUCAAAGAUCGUGGACAAAUUUUAAAUCUCUUAAUUUCUCAGCCAAAACUUGGGGAAUGAAAGCCAAUCCUUCCGGCGAAUUAUUACUGAUAAGAAGCAUCGAUUUGGAUAAAAUUAUACGACUCUCUGGAAGAUACCUAACAAGAAUCAUCACAGAUAUUGGAAAAUUUGCUAAAAUUUGCAAUUUGUUACCCAAGCUUCAAGAUCUUCAAUUAAUCGAUGAUUGCCUUGAUAGGAGUAAAAAAUGUGCUGAUAAAUAUUCGGAGCAAUCUGCAUAUCAGCUAAAUAAACAGGAAAAAACUAGCCAAUGUACAUACGACCCUUGGCAAGUGAUUAUCUCUUGGUUAAUAUCACACGGUAGAAGAGUUACAACUUUAAAAUUGGAAAUUAAACAUAAUCACUACAAAGAAGAUGAUUUCGCCAGAUUUUUAGGAGAAAUGAAACAACUGGAAUGUUUUCAUUUAUAUAACUGCGAGUAUCUUGACUGGAGUGGUACUUGUCUACUUCACUUACCAUUUAAGAUAGUUCAGGAAAUUUUUCUGAUAUGUAAUUAUAAGCUGACUUUUGAUCGCAAUAUUAUACCUUUGAUGAUCAAACAAUGCAAAAAACUCCAGGCAUUUGGUCUAGAAGGAGGUGAAGGUCAUGCAGAUGGAAUAUUGGAAGGCUUACCUUCACAGUCUAAUACUUUCAAGGAAUUAAGAUUGCAAUUUGACAGAAUUGAAAACCCGUCUUUAUUAUUUUCUACAAUGUCCAUGUUAGUACAUCUUGAAAAAUUGGAUAUUGCCCAUUGCAACGCUGUGACCGAUGAAUUUCUAGAAGUAAUUAGCAAAAAGUGCAAGAAACUGACAUACUUACACAUAUACAACUGUCGUCGAGUAACUGAUCGUGGUGUUUCGAGUAUCUGUGACUUGGAAACAUUGACUUAUUUAAGUAUAUCUGUAUUGCCCGAAAUAAGAUUUCCACCACUGGAAAAAUUAAAAAAUUUAUUAGUAUUAGAUUUGCAUGAGAGUCAAAAUAUACAAGAGGAAUGCUUAUUCUGUUUUUUGGAAAAAGCACAUCAACUCCGGGCACUUGAUGUUAGCGACAGUCCUUUUGUUACUAACUUACUAUUGAGUUUUGCCGCUGAGAUUGUUAGAAAAAGAAAUACUAAUAUCGGACUUGAUUUAUGCGUCACUGGAACUGGAGCGAAUAUAAACUCCCUUGUUGAUAAACCACCAUUAUUAAAUUUUGUAAUGAAUUACGAAUUUAUGCUACCUGAACAAUACGGUAUUAAAGAGAUUUUUGCAGAUAUAAGGGAUCACGAGAUUUCGACAUAUUGAAUUCUCGUACUCAAGUGAAAUAAUAGUCGACAUUGUAAUCAUGUGAAAUACA